AUGACAGCUGUAACUCUGCGAGGAGACAGUGGUCGAAGAUCGGAGAGGAGAGCCAGGCGAGUUUCAGCAUGUCUCUCAGAUCAUUCACUGGCUAGUGACAGUGGCGUGUUUGAAGCUUUAAGCAAAAGGAAUGAAGAUCUGGAAGAGCCUGGUUAUGGGGAUGCUGCCAGUAAUGAAGAACCACAAAUACAUGUUGGAUUUCUGCACGACAGUGGAAGCGAAUGUCUGUUAGUCCAUGUGUUACAGCUGAAGAACUUCACUAGUCUAGUUGUUAAAGAAAACUGCAAAAUUCAUGUGAGAGUUUAUUUGCCACCACUUGAGUCAGGCACACCGACCACUUACUGCUCUAGAGCUCUGGAAUUCCAAACUCCGUUAAUAUUUAAUGAAGUUUUCCGAAUCCCCGUACAUUCAAGUGUUUUGAAAUUAAAAUCACUGCAGCUGUAUAUCUGUUCAGUUGACCAUCAGCAACAAGAAGAACUAUUGGGCAUUGCUCAGAUAAACCUGACUGAUGCAGAGAAUUCUGGUGAAAUGCAGCUUCACUGGUAUUCAGUUCAGAUCUUCACUGGUUCAGACCCCCAGAGAGCCAAGAACAAAAACCAGUGUGAAGAAAACAUUCCCCGGUCUUCUGGAAAUGUAACUACAGUUAAAACAGAUGCAGUGACAGCCCUGUUAGCUAGGACCACCGCCCAGCUGGAAGCAGUUGAGCGAGAGUUGGCUGAAGAGAGAGUGAAACUGGAGUACACAGAGGAGGAAAUCCUGGAGAUGGAAAGGAAGGAAGAUCAGGCAGAAGCUGUAUCAGAAAGGAGUUGGCAAGCAGAGUCUGUUGACAGUGGAUGCAGUAAUUGCACCCAGACUAGUCCUCCUUAUCCAGAGCCGUUUUGCGGGGAUUCAUUAGCUGGACACAUGUUUGCAACGCAAGCAGGCCAGUACAGUUCUGGAAAAAUGCAGCCUCCACCUCUCAAGGUGGAUAAGGAAACUAACACUGAGGAUCUGUUUCCUGAAGAAGUUGCUAUUCUUCCAAAAGAGAGAGCUAGCCGCAGGCCACGGGGUUCUGCUUUUGUUCGCAGCAGCACUAUUGUUCGUUCCCAGACCUUCUCGCCGGGAGCACGAAGUCAAUACGUUUGCAGACUGUACCGCAGUGACAGUGACAGUUCAACUCUGCCAAGGAAGUCCCCUUUCGUGCGGAAUACAUUGGAGAGGCGUACUCUACGGUAUAAGCAGUCCUGCAGAUCAUCGUUGGCUGAGCUUAUGGCAAGGACGUCCUUAGACCUGGAGCUGGAUCUCCAGGCAUCCAGAACGAGGCAGAGACAGCUGAACGAGGAGAUAUGUGUGUUAAGGGAGUUGAGACAGCGUCUGGAAGAUGCCCAACUGAGGGGGCAGACAGAUCUACCCCACUGGGUCCUUCGGGAUGAGCGAUUCCGAAACUUGUUGAAGGAAGCAGAAAGGCAGACCAGACAGACCAAAUUUGAACACCACCAAGAGCAAGCAGCUGAAAAGAUGCUAAAGAAAGCAUCAAAAGAAAUAUACCAGUUGCGUGGGCAAAACCAGAAGGAGCCUAUUCAGGUGCAGACCUUUAGAGAGAAGAUAGCUUUUUUUACAAGACCAAGGAUUAACAUACCUCCUCUGCCAGCUGAUGAUGUAUGACAUGUUGCAUUGUAAACAUGAAGUAUUUAUCGCUUUUAUUUUAAUGAAGUUAUUAGAUUAGCCAAGUUUCUUUAAAAAAAAGUGCAUAAAGCUAAUAUACACGUUUUGUAAAAAAUAAAAAAAGUAAAAAAAGU